UCUAUGAUUCCAGGUUACCAAAUAAAUAGUUAGUAUGCAUAGAUAGAAGUUGACACGUUGUGAAAUUUUAAUGUGUUGAGUAUAUAAACCGCCCACAACUCAAGUCAAUACAUCAGUCGAUCUUCCUCUGUAGCGUAAAUUAGAAGACAUGGCAAUUAAGUUCAUCAUCUUGGCAGCUUUCGUUGCCGUCGCCAGGGGCGGAGUUGUAGGUGCACCAGUAGCUCCAGUAGCAGUUGCAGCUCGUGUGGCCGAAUUCGACCCUAAUCCUCAAUACUCCUUCGCUUACGACGUUCAAGACGCCUUAACUGGAGACUCCAAGAGUCAAGUGGAAAGUCGCAACGGAGAUAUCGUUCAAGGACAAUACAGUUUGGUCGAACCAGAUGGCACUCGACGAGUCGUGGACUACACCGCUGACCCUAUUAACGGUUUUAAUGCCGUUGUGAGCAAGACUCCCUUAGCCCAAGUUGUCGCAGCUCCUGUUGUUGCAAAAGCUGCUCCCGUAGUGGCAGCUAGAGUAGCUGCAGCUCCUGUCGUAGCCGGAAGAGUCGCUCCUGCUGCUCCUGUUGUAGCCGCGAGAGUUGCUCCCGCUGCUCCGAUAGUAGCUGCAGCUCCUGCUGCUCCAGUAGUCGCUGCCAGAGUUGCAGCUGCGCCUGCUUUAGCCAGGGUGGCGGGUCCUUUGGCCGCUCCAAUCGUUGCUGCUCCUGCUUAUGCCCGACUAGCCGCUCCUGCGAUCGCUGCCGCUCCUUACGCGUAUCCUGCUGGAUUUGCGAGAGUGGCAGCUCCUUUCGCCUACGCUGCCUUUAAGUAAUUCGCCUGCCUAUAAAAUUGUUAUUUGCCUAAUGUACAUAUUUUUAUCGUUUAAAUAAAAUACUGAACCAUUAUA